AUGAAGGAGGAAAUUGAAAACAAUAACAACAAAGAUGCAGGGAAAGACGAAGAAAUCAAGCAACUGCAGGAAAAACUGAGCCAACGUAAUGAUUUGGUCAUCGAAGAACUGAGAGCUCAAAAUGAAUUCUACAAACAGACUAUUAAAGUGCUAACGAAAAACGUUUUGUCGAUCAAAGAGGAAAUGGGUAAGCUUAAUCCCAAUGCCUUGAAAAUCCAGGACUAUGAAGAGCAGCUGGAGAAACAAAAGAAACUAAUUGAUCAAAAGGACCAACAAAUAUCCGAAAUGAAAAACGAAGUCAACAUUUGUACCAAGAAUCUUAGAAGCUGCGAAGAGAAGCCCGUUUACAGUGAAUGCACCGUCUUUGCUGAUAUUCCGGAUAUUCAUAUGGUUAAACCGGAUCAAGAAGAUCCGUUUAAUGUACUUUAUGAUAAUACGACAGCAGGCCCUGGCUGGACGGUUAUCCAACAGCGAAUCAAUGGCAAAGAGAACUUCUAUAGGGAUUGGGCCACAUACCGUACCGGCUUUGGAAGCUUCGAAGGCGACGAGCGCCCAACCCCAUGA